AUGACAGCCUCCCAAUUUCGAAUCAAAGAGCACACCAUCCCGUGUGACUCGAUUCGCGAGUAUCAUCAUGCAGUGAAAGGAGUUGGCCCUGAAUUGCAAUUAGCAGUUAAGCAAUACAUUCCUCUGAACAAUCUCGAUCCUAGCCCAGACGACAUUACAAUUAUCGCUGGGCAUGCCAAUGGGAUUCCCAAAGAGUGCUAUGAGCCAAUCUGGAAUGAUCUCAUAACAUCGACCAGCGUCAAGGUCAAGGCCAUAUGGAUCGCGGACUGUUCUCACCAAGGGGCUAGCGGGGUGCUCAACGAGCAGAUCCUCGGAGACGACCCAAACUGGUUUGAUCAUUCCCGAGACCUCCUACUCAUGGUAAACCAUUUUCGAAAGCAGAUCCAACCUCCGAUCGUGGGAAUUGCACAUAGUUUUAGCUGCUCGCAAUUUGUGCAUUUAUCGAUCAUGCAUCCUCGCCUCCUACACAGUCUCGUCUUUCUAGAACCUAUGAUCCAAGUCGAAAGCCCCAGCAAGCUUGGGGGCCGAAGUCCAGCUCUAUGGGCCAGUUCUCGCCCCGAUGUGUGGGCCUCUCGGAAAGACGCGGAGGCUUACAUUCGGGGCGACCCAUUCUGGCGUCGAUGGGAUCCGAGGGCUGUGGAUCAAUACGUACAAUUCGGGCUGCGAGUCCGCCCCGAGUCGGUAACCCUUACAACUACUAAGGCGCAAGAAGCCUGGACGUAUCUGCGGUUUAAUGCUACUGCACGCGAUUGUGAUGACCUGACAGAGCGUUUUCUGAGCCCAGAUCUCGCCAAAACGGCAAAGGAAGGAGAUAAUCACAAUCCUAACUACGUAACCAUCUGCCCCUGGGCUUGCAUCGCGUUCGAGUUUCUGCCGUAUGUGCGGCCGUCGACCUUGUUUGUCUUCGGGGAGAAAAGCCACAUUAACAUUCCCGCGCGCAGGCGGGAUAAGCUAGAGCGUAUCGGCACGGGGCUGGGGGGCAGUGGAGGAGUGGCGGCUGGGCGGGUGCGUGCUGAGGUUCUACCGGGCACAUCACACAUGGCGCCGCUGGAGAAGGUACGCGAUACGGCGCAUGUUAUCUCACGCUGGCUCGAGUUACAGUCAGAAAUAUACCUGAGGGAAAAGGAGUUCUGGGGUCGCCAGUACAACAGCGGCAAGUCUGACCAGGAUGGAAGGGUCUUAUCAGCGCAAUGGAUGAGGUAUAUGAAGGAGCCGGUCGAUACCAAGCGGCCUAAAAAGUCUCACUUGUAG